AUGGCACCUGCAGAUACCGAGAGCUUCCCGGUUGAGGACUGUGUCCUUCGCCACAGAAAGGAUGCGCAGCGCGCCCCCACUCGCAAGCGCAUUAUUAUCUGCUGUGACGGCACCUGGCAAUCUGCCGUGUCUGGCAAGAGGAACGUCCCGUCGAAUGUCACCCGUUUGUGUCGGUCGUUAAACCAUACCGGCACAGAUGAACACGGUAAUCAGUGGCAGCAGGUUGUCUUCUACGACUCCGGAGUCGGAACCAGCCCUAGUGUGGUGGAAGAUGUUAUUGAAGGUGCAUUCGGCGAGGGCGUUGAGCAAAACGUCAUCGAGGCCUACAACUUCUGCGUUUUGAACUACCACCCCGGUGAUGAGAUUAUGUGCUUUGGUUUCUCGCGCGGUGCGUACACGGCUCGCACGAUCGCAGGACUGAUCUCGGAUAUUGGCGUCUGUCAUAAAUCCGAGCUGAAUAGCUUUCCGGAUCUAUGGCGCCAGUACAAAAAGGUUAAGAAGGGGAAGCGCUUCGAUCGAAGUGAUUUAUGGUUUGAUUGGAUGUUCGGAAAGGCGGAUGAACAUCAAGGUGCUGGCACGGAGGGAAACCGAAAGUUUCGCUAUGAACAUGCCCCACAGGGUGAUUGGGCACAGGAAGGAUCGAGAGAGGUUAAAGUCGUUGGAGUCUUUGACACAGUCGGCUCCCUAGGCAUGCCGCAGGUGCUUGGUUUCAAGCUACCAUCUACGGGCAAGGAUGGCUGGCAUAAUGUUGGACUGUCGCCAAAUAUCAGACACGCAUUCCAAGCCUUGGCCCUAGACGAACACCGUCAGUCCUUUUCUCCCUCGGUUUGGUACUUACCGAACAAAACCUGUACACGAGAGGAUGUGGAUGCCAGAAAGAAAGAAGAGGCUGAAGCCGAAAAGCGAUACUCAGAGGCCCUACAAGAGGCGAUCAAUCUCAAGGAAAGUGGCCAGGCCACCGACGCUGAGGUGAACGCUGCCGCGAGAAAUGUCAAUCAAGUCGCGAAGGCCUGGAACAAAGUAACUCGACGACGAAUGAAAUCCGAGGAGCGAUUGAAGGUUCAGUCCGAGCUGAAGCAAGUGUGGUUCCCUGGCUACCACGUUAACAUCGGUGGAGGAGACGACAGUACCUUGAAUAAUAUCGGUGAUAUGGAGGAAAUGUCUAACAUUACCUACUCGUGGAUGUUGGAUCAGAUCAAGAAUCACCUCUCCAUCGACGAGCGCUUCGUUAUGCAGGCUAUGAAAGCACGCGAGGAAUACCUCCAAACGCUAAACAAGAAGUACGAGCACUGGGAAGCCUCUGUGAGCACUUUGAAGAGAGAUUCAUUCAAACAAUGGGUGUCCCGCGCUGUUGAAUGCAUCAUGCACCCCUCAAAGAUGCUGGAACCUCCAGAGUACAAGGGAAUCCGUCGCUAUGGCUGGGGAGAAGGUAUUUUGAUCAACAGCUAUAGUCUUUUCUAUCAUCUGAAUGGGAAGAAAUGGCGGACCCCGGGAGAAUACGGCACCAAAAAUGACACUGGCAAAUACGCCGGAGAAACAUUUGAGCAUAUUCAUCCUGUCGUGAACUACAGGGUGGAGCGAAUGAAGAUGCUCCACAAGGAGGAUAGCAAGCAGCACUCCCUGUACAAGCCCCUUGCCCCCGGCGGGGACUACAAGCGCUGGAAAGAACUGGAUGAGAACGGUAACGUCAUUCACAAGUACAAAUUUGGGAAUUCGUCGAAGGCCGUGCCGGAGUGGAAGCUUGGUGCACAGGACUCUUAUGAGCGACUUGCAAUUGCAGGAAUGCCUGCUUAUUCCUACGUGGAUGCUUUGGACGACGAGCUGAACAGCGGGUUUCGAACUGAGCGUUUUGACUUUGAUUCUUACAGCAAAACGGAAUAUGGUCUCAAGCCUUCCAUUGUGCAAAAGCUUCGUGGCGCGGAUGCUCGUGCUUCACACGACGAAAGUGAGGGCUGGGGUGAGCAAUCCCAAUCAACCGUCUUUGACCCUACUGUUCAACCAGAGGAUUUAAGAGCAGUUGAUGCGUCAAAGCUUCCUGCAGAAAAAACUAUUUCCUUGGAAGCUUCGAAGCAAGAGGCCCCACAGCGAUUGUGUUUGAGCACUGUCCAUUGA